AUGAUCAAGCUUCAGAAUGCACUAAAGGGAGGGCCAUACGAGAUGAUCUCCAAUCUUCAAGUGUCUGCUGUGAACUUCGAAAUCGCUUGGAAUAAGCUGAAGGCUCACUAUGACAACCCAAGGCUUAUAAUCUAUACGCACAUCGAUCGCAUUCUAGAUCUAAAGCGCAUCAACGAGAAGUCAUCCAAGGGUCUGUCUACGCUGGUGAACACAGUCACACAAUCGCUGGAUGCACUGAAGCCUCUCGGUGCUCCUAUCGAGCAUUGGGAUAUCAUCGUAUCAAGGGUCAUCAGGAGAAUCAUCUAUCUCGAUACCAAGAAGGCUUGGGAGGUUCAUAUGGGAUCAGAGAGAAAUCCUCGUCCUCUCAGGGAGUUCCUCCACUUCUUAGAGGCAAGAGCUAGAGCCUUGGAAAAUGUUGAGAGGGAAGAUCCUGCAAAACCCUCCAAGAUCAGCACUCUCCAGAAGAGCAAGGUCAAGCAGUCAUCAGCUCGAGUUUAUCAGACAUCAGCUGUGACUGCACCAUCAAACAACGAGGAAUCAUCAGAAUCAUCAACAUCUGGACCUUUCUGUCGACUUUGUGAUGGUUCACAUUGGCUGGGGUCCAAGUGUGAACGCUUCAUGGCCAAAUCUGCAGCUGAACGACGAGACUUCAUCUCAAAAAGGAGCCUCUGUUCCAACUGCUUCGGUCCGCACAGGGUGGACAACUGCAAGAGCAGCAUCACUUGCCAGAAAUGGAAGGGCAAACAUCAUACGUCGAUCCAUGAGGGAUCGUCAGAACAUCCCAGAAAGAUAGAGAGACCACAGGAUCGUCCUCCAGCACCAGCUGCACAGGACAACCAGGGAGAUCCAGGAAGGUCUCACAGUGGAUUGCAUCGUCAUCAUCAUCAGCAUCGCGGUCAGUUGAGGGUUCAACUGGCCACCUCCAGUCAUCAGGAACAUCAUCAUCAAGGUCAGAGACAGCGGGGGUGUCCUCUGACAGCAAGGUCAUCCAUCAGUCUUCAUCGACAUCAUCAGACGGGUUGUGCUAUUGGCAACUGCCAAAAAACUGAUGCAUCAGCAUCCGGUUCUCAUCACAUGCUAUGCCUUCUGAUUGAUCAAGGAUCAGAGGUCACCUUCAUCACUGAACAACUGGUUCAGGUUCUUCGUCUUCGUCGAUCAUCAUCGCACAUCAGAGUCUUCGGAAUUGGAGGUUUAGAGUCAAGAUCAACUCGUGGUGCACUCAAGGUCACUCUUCACUCUCGAUUUGACCUUCAACAUCAGGUCGAGAUCACAGCUCACAUCAUUGGAAAUGAGAUCAACAAAUCACCAGACAAUCAACUUGUUGCGCAACAAACUAUUUUUGGUUGGAUAGUUUCUGGGACCGUCUGCUGUACAGACUGCAAGCCGAAGUCUUUUCUAACUGCAGUGCGAGAGUCUCCGACUGAGCAGCUGUUAGAUCUUAAGAAAUUCUGGGUUCAGGAGGAACUUCGAUCAACUGAGGCGGUGCAUCUCAAUCCUGAGGAUCAGGAGUGUGAGCUACACUUCCAAGGAACACAUACAAGGAACAGUGAGGAGCGUUUUGUGGUGCGUCCCCCACUCAAGACAUCACCAUCAGCUCUGGGCGAUUCUAGGAGAACCGCUCUUCAACUACUUCAUCGAACGGCGAAGAAACUAGAGACAAAUCUGGAGUAUGGAAAGCUCUGCAAGGAUUUCAUCAAGGAAUCUGAAGAUCUGGGACACAUGAGAAGGGUCUCAGAGUCAUCAGAGCCAUCACCGGUCCACUAUCUUCCUCAUCACGGUCUCUUAAGGGAAGACAGCAUCACUACUAAACGCAGGGUAGUCUUCAACGGAUACAGUAAGACAACAUCAGGAGUAUCACUCAAUGAGAUACUUCAUGCAGAAAGAAAGCUACAAACAGAAGGUUCAGACGUUCUCAUCUGGUUGAGAACUCAUCGCCUAAUCAUCGGGACAGACAUCGUGAAGAUGUUUCGUCAAAUCAAGGUUCGUCCAGAGGACUGGGAUCUCCAAAGGAUUCUUUGCAAGGAUGAGGAAGGCAACAUCAUCACCUAUCAGCUGACAACAGUUACGUAUGGGCAGACUUGUGUUCCAUGGUUGGCUUCAUGGUUGGUUGAAGAUGAGGGUCAUCGGUUUCCACUGGCGGCUGUUUCCCUGACAAAAGGGAGAUACGUCGACGAUAUCUACGGGGCAGCAGAAUCUGAGAAACAGCUCAAGGAUCUCAUCAGUCAACUCAUCAACCUUUGCAUGGCGGGCGGUCUACCCCUGCAAAAAUGGAUAUCAAAUCAUCAAGGAGUUCUACAGGAACUUCAAUUAUCAACAAAAUCAAUGUCAGCUGUUCAAUUCGAGGACACGAUUGUCAAGUCAUCAUCGGACAAGAUCACCAACAGGACAAACCUCUCAGAGAUCGCACAGAUUAACGAUCCUCUGGGACUCAUCGGACCAGUUAUCAUCACGGCAAAGAUCUUCAUUCAGGAGCUGUGGCUUCUCAAGAUUGGUUGA